AUGGAAGAUGCAGGUUUCUUGCCAGAGGCUCUUGUCAAUUUCAUCACAUUUUGUGGCUCAGGCUUUCAGGAGAAUGGAGAACUGAGAAAUAUGCAGCAACUUAUCCAACAGUUUUCUUUAAGUCAAGUGUCUACCCAUUCAGCAGUCUUGGAUAUGGACUUACUACCAGAUGUAAACAGGAGUCACAUGAUACAUCUCCUGACCAAUCAGAAGGGGAGAUGCAGACUUAUUUCAGAGUUACGAGAAAAACUUGCCAAGUUAAAAACAGAAAGAGAAGAUGGAAGUAGGGGAGAGAUGAUGGAACGUACAGAUGAGUAUCUCCUGAGGGUCCUUGAAGCAAGGAAGAACCAUAUAAGCAGGAUAUACGAUCUAUGUCAACCAGACUACAGUUAUCUUUGGCUGAGACCAGAUGGACGAAGGGAAGACUUUAUCGCUGUUUCACAGAAUGCAGAGAUUAUUUUAAAGGAGGCAUGCCAGGAGAUUGAAGGCCUACCAGAGAGUGUUUAUGAAGACGUAAAGGAGUUAUCAGCUCAAUUGAGAAGAUCUAGUGACAGGCUCCAAGGAGUGCCUUAUGCUGUCUACAUGAAGGUGCUACGACUUGCACUCAGUAAUCUUAAGCGAGGAGCAAGUGUGGCAGAAAUGAUGUCAGUUCUAGGAAAGGCUGAGGUUGUGCAACGGUUAAAUGCAUCUGUACAGAGUGUUGUCCAAGAUGCUACAUGA